CAGCGUUCCGCCGUCGGUGUCGCAGCAUCGCGAGCGCUCGCUGGGCUCGGCCUCCAAAGACUGUCCCUACUGCGGCAAGUCCUUCCGCACCUCGCAUCACCUCAAGGUCCACCUGCGCAUACACACAGGAGAGAAGCCCUACCGCUGCCCUCAUUGCGACUACGCCGGCACCCAGUCCGCCAGUCUCAAGUACCACCUGGAGCGCCACCACCGAGAGCGACAGAACGGCUCGGCCGCCCUCGGACACGGCCCCUCGUCGGAGCACAAGGACGACCACGGGAAGGCGGCGGCCGGCGGCGUCUUUGCCCGCCCCGAUGUUCUGCGCAACGUCUUUAAAGGCCUCCCCGCCAACUUGGACUUCAGAGCGGGCCCUUUGCUGCCGCAUCAGUGGGCCUCGGCCAGCGUGGCGGCGGCCAGCGAACGCGGGGAUCGCCACUUCGAUGCCAUCGCCGAGAGCGUGAAGCCCAACGAUGGCCCCGCAUCCCUGGUUCCCGCCGAUGGUCCCGCCAGCUUCUCUGAUCUAAGCCGGGCCUACCAAAGCAUGAUGGGAAACGGAGUUCACUUCCAAGGCACUCUGCAGGCCUUCAUGGACAACUUUGUCCUCGGCUCCAUGAAGAGAGAUCCGAAGGAUAACCAGACUCUGGUCCAGGUCCAAGCCGCCCAGUCCUACCUUGACAAUGGUGAGCCCAGAGCCAAGCGCACCGCCGUGGCAGACCGGGAAAAAGAUGAAAAACCCGAGGCCAAGCAGAAUCCGUCAGCCGGAAAACCCGGCUCCCAGUUUGAGCCGCUGGAUCUGUCGGUGUCGGUCCGGCCCGAGUCCGGAUCCGGUUCCCUCCCCGGCUCCUCGGUCACCAUCCAUGACAACGUGGCGUGGCACGGCUGUCUCUUUUGCUCCUUCUCCACCGCAUCGCUGGAGCUCAUGGCCCUUCACCUCCAGGCCAACCAUCUGGGUCAGGCCCAAACGCAGAGGGCCGAUACGGGCAGGGAAGUGCACGGAGAGGCUUCUCCCGCCACCCAUCAGUCCCCGAACAUCAAGAGUUUGCUCUCGGACAAAGACGGGGAUGGAGAAAGGAACCAGGUGGGCUGGAGCAACCACAUCGACCAGCCCUACAACCCCUUCCAGAGCGACUUCUACAGGCGCUUUGGUGGCUUGUACGAUGGCUCUCCCCGGGGGGCGGCUCAGGGUCUCCAAGGCUACAUGGCCGCAACCGAGCAGGGCCUGGAAGUUCCCGGCAAGGCCUUCAGAGGAGCCUCUUCGGCUCCGGACGAGCAAGUUGGUGAGAGGAGCUCCUGCGGAGAACCCGAGGAGGAGCAGGUCGGGUCUGAUGACGAGGUUGUCAAAUCUGGGGCGCACGUCACCCGAGACACCCCGUCGGCCACGCCCAAAGCGGGGCAACGCCAUUCCGACGAGGAGCGGGACGAAGCCGAAGAGGACGAGGAGCGAGAUGACGACAUGGACCAAGAGGAAGAAGGAAGUCCGGCAGAGGACCACGCUCAGAACCACCAUAAGCGCCUGCAGGAUGGGUCGGUGGCCUCGUCCUCUGCCGUGACGCCGCCGCUUUUCCAGCAAAACCAGAGGCAAGUCAUGUCCCUGGAGAAGCCGUGGCAGCAAGGCAUGAACCUCCUGCCCCCGCCCGAAGCCCCGCCGGCACUUCUGAAGGCUGAGCAGCAGAUGAACAUGAUGUCCGUGCUCCGAGCCUACGGAGGCGACAACCUACCGGCCUUCAACGUGAAGAGGCCCGACGCAACAGUGCCCGCCUGGAUGUUGGAGGAGGAGCAGCCGGUGAGCCUUGAGCCCGCUCUGACCCUGGACCAGGACCACCUCAACAGUGACCUUGACGAGCUGGGCGACCUCCGCCACGACGAACAAGACUAACUACCAACCUGAUGAAGAAAAACUUUAUUUAAACUCACACACACACACACACACAUUUGUGGAAGGCGGACGGAAAGAAAAAAAAAAGAGAGAAAGAAAAGAAACUUUUGUUUUGAAACUACCUGUGUGACGACGAGCACUUCCUGUCCACUUUCAGGCUUUCCCCAGCCAGCCAGGCAACUUUUUGGGUUCCUUCUUUCCUGUAUUCCACCCCCAAGACUUGCUACACAUAUAAAUAUAUCGUACCCGGAAUGUAUUCUUCUGUAGAAUAGCCACGUUAGCGCGCCGCCUCACUGUUAGCGACAUAGCGACGUUUCCAGGCCGUCGUUUAACGGAGGGGAAAAAAAAAAAAAAAAGCAGAGGAGGACUUUUCAUGCGUGUAUCGUUGAGUCUUUCCAAAUUUGACUAAGAAUCAAAAGUGACUGAUUAUUUUGUUGCUUUUUUUUCGAACAGCAAAAUACAAAAAAACCCUUCAUUUUGUUUUCGAUUUUGGCGCUCACUGAAAGUGCAAUUUCACAGCAUUGGAAUUCUUUGUGAAAACGUGUACUUGGAAAAGUUUGCAGGUGUUUUCUGGUCUCACGUUUUCCUCCUCACAGGCAAAAAUGUUCUCUGUGCCCCCACUCGCUUUUCUGAAAAAUAUUCUCAACUCAACUUUUUUGAGAGAGCACUUUAAAAAAAAACACAGCACACCGCAGCAGCCGACAAAGUGCUGUCCAGUCAAAAUCAGACGGAUGAAAGCAAAGAGGGUCAAGACAAGAAAUACCCCCCCUCCCCCCCCCCAAAGAUUGUUCACAACA